GGCGGGGCGGAAGUGAGCAGCGGCGGCGGCGGAAGUGGCUGUGCGCGCGUCGGGGGCUCAGGAUGAAUUCCAGAGGCACUACUUCUCUGUUGAAGGAUAGUAUCUCAUUUACAGAAGUUUCAGCUUCAGGGCUAUUUGAAGGUCAUGAUCUUCUGCGCAGAGGCUUUACAAGCGUGAAAAAUGAAUUGUUGCCCAGCCACCCACUGGAGUUGACAGAAAAGAAUUUCCAGUUAAAUCAAGAUAAAACAAACUUUGCCACACUGAGAAACAUCCAAGGAAUCCAUGCACCUUUAAAGCUGCAGAUGGAAUUCAGAGCAGUGAAACAGGUCCAGCGUCUACCAUUUCUUCACAGCUCAAACAUAGCAAUGGAUAUUUUGAGGGGAAAUGAUGAAUGCAUUGGUUUUGAGGAUAUCCUUAAUGAUCCUUCCCAGAGUGAGGUUAUGGGAGAACCACACAUGAUGAUGGAGCACAAACUUGGUUUAUUGUAACAAAUUACACUUCACAAAAAUGUUUUGUGUGUGUCUUUCUAGAGCAGAUCUAAGUACAUGGUACUAAAUUGACACUCACAGUGUUAAGCAGAUCUAGUUAUCACUUGCCUUCCUUAAUGAAAAGGCACAUUAAAUGUUUCAAGUCUCUAAAUUGUUCUGUGCUUGUUGUCAAUCAUACAAAUGUCCUGUAACUAGGUAGUUUAAAUAAUGCCUUUUCAUAAACUGCUCAGGACAAUAGCUUCUUAAAUAUGGAAAUGCUAUAUAUGUAUACAAGAAACUCAAAAUUACCCAGGCAUUUUCAAACUGACUACUGUGGUAAAUGCAUUUAAUGGCGGAGGAGGAAGGUAUUUUCUGUUCCAUAACUCUUUGUUCAUGAAAAUUUCCAUACACUUUUUAAACUGUUGAAUAAAAGUUUACUAUAAAUGC